GGGCACACUCCCUAGCCAUCUUGCAUUCAGCAUUAGAGUAAGGCCUUUGGUUUUGGACACACUCUCAUUUACUUGGUUUAUUAGCUUAAAUCCCAAUUAACUUGUAUUUCUGCUAUUCUAAUUACAAAAUUAACUUUCCUCCUCAGAUGAUUGUUGCUGUCUCUUUUUUUCAUUAUUUGUUAUUAUUCCUUUCCUUUUUUGUUUCUCCUUCCCUGUCACAGAUACAGACGUCAUUGAGUUAUCUGUAGAUCUAACUACCUGUCAAGCCAACGGCUUUGCAUCAGCUUCCCCCUCAACCCCCCCCAAAAGUAUUCAAAGUCAAGUAAUAGUUGACAUUCAUUUUAGGAUGUAUACUUAUUACUGUUAGAAACUAAGUGAGUUUAUUAAUAGUGUUCAUUUUCUUCUCUAGCAUGGAAUAGCGUGAUAUUUAAGUUGUGAUUAUGAAGACUUAACUGUAUAAAGCUGUAUUUGCAGUGCUACUGAUAGGGUUUAUUUUUUGGUUUGUAGGUUUGUGUCUGUAAGUUAGAAAAUGAAUAUUCUCUGAUUUAAUUUGUUUCUAUGAGUGUCUGAAUUUGUCUCCAGAUAGGCAACAGUUCAUUUCUGAAAGCCAUCACAUCUGCAUUAAAUGAGAAUUGUCUUUACAAUUUUGAUAUUGGGAUCAAUGAUUGAAUACCUGCAAAAGUUCAAUUGCUCUUCUGGCAUAUGUGUUGUUCCUACUUGUACAGGAACUGCUGAAUCACAACCUGAACUUUUGUUUGACCACCUGAGAUGAGCAAUGAGUCAAUUGUGGGAGUAUAGGUGAAGGCAAUUCACCUGUGUGACCAGAAGGGGUGGAGCCUGGCUGCACCUCUCCUAGACCCCCCAUUUAAGGGCUGACUGCCAUUGGGGAAGGAUCUCUUUUGUGAGAUCACUCAUCUUGGAUUUUUCUUGUGAAUCUACAACACUGCAUCGUGGAAUGGCCCAGGAUACUACAGUGCCUAAAUUGAACUUCAGAUUUUGGUUGGAUAAAGCUAUUGAGUGGGGUCAGGCUACUACUUCUGAAUCCCAGAAAGAUGUCUGUCUUCACUUGCCCCAGUUGCUGGAGUUUCUACAUCAGACUUAUGAAAUGCUUAAACGUAUGAAUUCAAUUGUAGCAAUUCAGCAGUUCCCUUUAAUUGGCCAGUUACUAGGAAGGCUUUGUUGGAAUCCUUUUGUCAUAGGAUAUGAUGAGAGCCAGAAGACUCUUAUGUGGUGCUUAUGUUGUCUGUACAGUAGUGAACCACAGAACCCUGUGGAACUGAAGGCCAACAGCUGGAUACGAAGCUUACUUUGCCAUCUCCUUUCUUCUUCUAAGUGGGAAAGAAUCGAGGCUGAAACCAGUACAUUCAUAUCGGCUCUUGGCUACACGUCAGCAGAUUAUUACGGUCACUUGGUUGAAAAUAUCAUCUCCUCAUUAGUAACUGAACUCAGAGGAAAUCAAUUUAAUGAACUUAACAUUCAGGGAAAAAUUUCAGUCAGUCGUGUGAACGCCAUGUCCCUUUUCUGUCUCCCAUUUGUUACUUUGCCUGAUCUAACUCCAUUGCUGGAAACUCUUCUUGUUUACCAUGGGGGAGCAUCAAAAGAAAUCCUCAGCUCAGAGUUCUUGGAGGCAGUGAAUGAUGCCUUUUUAAAGAAGAAGAUCUCCCUUUCUGAAUCAGCCAUCUUCAGUCUCUGGCACCGUCACUUACCAAGCCUUGAAACUGCUACAUUAAGUCUUUUAGACCAGCUGGUAUCACUUCAGAUAAAUAAUUUGGAAAAAGUGGCUUGUGUCAUAAAAGAUUCACUUUUGCCACAAGCUGCAAGCCAUCCUGCCAUUUUCAGAAUUGUUAACGAAAUCUUCAAGAGCGCACUUUUGGAAACUGAUGGAGCUCCUGAAGUUAUGACCAUAAUACAAAUAUUUAUACAGCUCUUCAUUCAGCUUCAGCAGAAUGAAAACAAGCAGCAUAAAUUUCCUUUGAAGGCCUACUUCCCUCACCACCACCAGCCUCUUGUAAUAGCUUUACUAAGACGCCCUUUUGAAUUGCCAUCUACACAGUGGCUGCAGCAUUUGAAACACAUUUCAGAUACACUAAAAUCUAUAGUAGAAGAUACGGACAUUAGCUCUUUUGCUGACCUUUAUGAAAUCUGGUUUUUGGUUGCUUGUUUUGGAGAAUGGCUGGAUAUUGCAGUAGACCAAUUAAUGAAAGCACCUGUAGCCCCUGAUGCUUUGCUGUGGUUGUUGUCAUUUUACUACUGCCCUCAGAAUGAAAGUCAACAAAGGACUCAAACAAUGGUAGAAUCUCAAGCAGUCUACAGUCAUCUAAUGAUGCUUUACAACCAUCCUGUCCUUUCAUUUGGAGAUCUGCAGGCUCCUGUAAACAAUGUAGCAGAUACAGAACAAUGUCAUACCCAGUGUCUUAUAACACAUCUUCUUACCAACUUUUUAUUCUUUUCUUCUGGAGGACAUAUGAUUGCCCAGGAAUUCAUUUCCUAUAUUACUGAGACAACUGACAUGAGAAAGGAAGUUUGUAGCCUUCUUGUCCGUACUGCAUACAGAAUUAAACAUAAUGGAGGAGAAAACCAAAGGACUGUGAAGCUGUUGAAUGAACUUCUCCAAAAACUAGCAGUGGAAGUUUAGGUUUUCAGUGUUUUCUCUAUCCAGUCACUGAGUUAAAUCUUUAUUUGGGUUUCAGCCUUUCAUGAAAGUCUUGCAUUGCAGGUUAGCAGGGGUAAAGAAAAAUCUCCUUCUUGAGGAUAUCCCAUAACUUUGUCUUUCCCCAUGCUGUUUAGAAAUGUAAACUGUGAGGACAAAACAGUAUUAAAGAUAGCUGAAAACUUUGUUCUGAGCUCCUCCUUUAACAAGAGACCUAUAUCAUUUAAAGCAGUUUACUCAUCUCCUUGUUUAUCUGGCUGCGGAUCCAUUUUUCUCCCAGAUUACUCAUGGCUUUAUGAGCAAUUUUAUCCAAUUGUUUGGUUGGUAAGUUGUUUCUAAAAUGUUUUGUUCUAUAAUUCUGCUUUUAUGUGGCUAACGAUGAUCUCAAGCGAGAGUUAAUGAUUCAUGGUGAAUGCACUCCAUGUUCUCAGGAAAUCAACAGUGUUUCCUGAACUUGUUAAUUCUUUUUGAAAACAUGUCCAAAAUAAAGCUCCCUUCAUGUUUUUUAAAUGAUUAUUUAACACUGCUGCAGCUUUCACAGGACAGUGUUCUCUGCAAUGUACAAUGCCGAUAGCAGGUCUCCAUCAGCAGGUAUGGCACAGAAAUUUCUGUCAGCCUAUUUUCCAUGAGAUUAUUGCUCAGGAAAUCCUUUUUUUUUUUUUUCAUGCAGACAGAAUAGGGCAAGUUAUGAGGAAACUCCUAUUUGAGGCCCAAAUUUCCUAAAGAGAGAGGAUUGUUUUAGAUAUAUGGUUUCUUUGCUUACUUCUUUCUUUCUUUGUCUAUGAGAAGAGCAUGGACCAGGAGUAAUGCAUUCUUGUUUUAUCCAAGAAGUUUUGUCCACUUGUUUCUAGCUUAGUUAAAUAAAUUAAGCAUGAAGAACAGUAACAGUAGAGCAUCUUAACUGACUUCACAGAAUCAGACAAUUGGAAGAGUUGGAAGUGUCAUGUGUUACCUACCUAGCUUUUAUAUCAACAGUUACUCUGUGUUAAAAGAAACCACUUGAAAUCCUUAUGGGUCCUUUCAAAUUCAAAAUAUUCUGUGAUUCUGUGAAAUAGUAUUCUUACAUAGAAUCAAAAGUGUGUAUCUUAAAUUAGUACAGUUUUAUGGGUGUAACAUUUGUUUUUGAGCAAGGGAGAAGAAAAACAGUGUUCUUAGUUUUCUUUGGCUACAAGAAGUGGAAGGAUAUUUGCUGUUGACUGUUGACUGGUUACUUACAAUUUUGUUCCUAGUGAGUCACAUUAGACUGAAGUACAGAAGUUAUGUGCCCUCUUGGCAAAUUUAUUAAUGUAUUUGUGUUGUUUGAUUCUAGCCUAUGAAGAAAUAGUAAAAACUUAAUUUGUCUGUGAAGAACACUGCUUUUUGUCUUUUUGGAUUAAAAAUAGUUCUGAAUUUAAAAAAAAAAAAAAAAAGAGAGAGAGAGAGAGAGUUUUCUUGCAUAUUUUUAGUUGGUACACAUAUCCACAAAAUCAGAAUCAAGCAACCUAAUUUUCAAUUCUGUGAUUAUUAUAACUGAAGGGCAGGUAGAGUCUGGUGGAAGAAUAACUUCCCCUUGGCUAAGGAGGAGCUUGUGAAAGACUGUUUAGGCAAAAUUAAUGCCCACAGAUCUGUGGGCCCCAAUGGGUUUCACCCACAAGUGCUGAUAGAGCUGGCAGAAGUGAUGCUAAACUGUUCUCUGUCAUAUUUGCAAAUACAGGCUAGCCAGCCUCACCUCUGUCCUGGAAAGGUCAUGGAUCAACUUGUUCUGGAUGCCAUCUCCAAACAGUUGGAACAAAAGAAUGUUAUCAGCAGUAGACAACACAUAUUCACCAAGGGGGAAUUUAUGCUCAACUACUUCAGUAGCUUUCUAUGAUAUCAUCAUAGUUUCGGUAAAUGAGGGGAGAUUAGUACCUUGCCUCAACGAGGCUUUUGACGCUAUUUCCUGCAACAGCCUUUUAAAGAUGAGUAGGAAAUGUGGGAUAGAUGAGUGGGACAAUGAAGUGGAUUGAGAACUGGUUGACUCAUAGAAUUCAGAGUCAUGACUGAUGGUAUAGAGCCUGGUUGGAGGCCUGUAACUAGUUGUGUUCCCCAGGGGCCAGUGCUGGGUCCAGUCAUCUUCAGCAUCUUCAUCAGCUACCUGGAUGAAGGGAUAAAGUUCACCUUCAGCAAGGUUGCUGAUGUUUCAAAGCUGGGAGAAGUGGCUGACAGAGCAAACGGCAGUGCUGCCAUUCACAAAGACCUGAAAAGAUAGAGUUGGGCAGAGAGCAACUUGAGCAAGUGUAGAGCAUUGCAUGUGGGGAGGAAUAACUGCAUUCAUGAUUACAGGCUAGUUAGGGGCUGACAUCUUGGAGAAGAGCUUUGCAGAGAAAGAUCUGGAUGUACUGGUGGACAACAUGUUGACUGUGAGCCAGCAAUUGAUCUUGUGGUGAAGGCAGCCAGUGAUAUCCUAAGCUGCAUUAAAAAGAGCAAGGCUAGCAGGUCAAGAAGUGAUCCUCCCCCUCUACUUUUUCCACAUCUGGAGUACUGGAUGGAGUUCUGGGCUACCUCAUCCACAAAAGACUUCUGGAGAGUUUCCAGCAGAAGGCCACAAAGAUGAUGAGAGGCCUGGAGGAUCUGCCUUAUGAGGAAAGGCUGGGAGACCUGGGGCUGUUAUACCUGGAGAAUGAAAGAGAGGGCUGGCCUCAUCAGUGCUUAUAAAUAUGCCUAUAAAAACCCAAAGAGCAGGAGUCAAGAGUCCAGGCUCUUUUCAGUGGUGUGCAUCAAUAGAACAAGGGGCAGCAAGCAGAAACUGGAACACAGUAUGUGUGAAGCAAACAUGAGGAGGUACUACUUCGCUGCAGGAGUGACAGAGCACUGGAACAGGUUGCCCAGGGAGGUGGUGGAGAAUCCUUCUCUGGAAGUAUUGAAGACCCACCUGGACACUUUCCUGUGCAAACUGUUUUGGGGAACCUGCUUGAGCACGGGGUUAAACUAGAUGAUCUCCAGAGGUCCCUUCCAUCCACUAUGACUUUGUGAUUCUUUGUAUUAAACUGAAUGGUUUGCUGAACUGAGUUUUUGGUGUAAACACCUACAGAGUGUUCUCUGUAGGAUGAAAAAUACCCUAAAAUUUGCCUCCAAAGGAAGAAUCCCAUUAUUUGAUGUGAGAUUCCUUAAAUUCUCUCUAUGUUAAAACUAUAGGUAAUUUUACCUACUUAAAAGAAUUAGCAGAGUUAUUAAUUAAAGAAUUAAGAAUUAAGAGUUGCAGUGUAUGACUCCUGCAGAUUUGUUAAUUCAAUGCUAUGGGUAUUAACUUGCUGGAGAUUAUUUUUUUUUUAAAAAAAAACCACUAACAAGAUGCAUGGAAACUUUUGUAACUUUCUUAAACAAAACCAAUAUCCUACUAAAUAGUGAGAGAUCUAUUCAAAUAGGUAGGAAUAGUAAUAGCAGAACAGACAAAAUGAGCUGAAAAAAGGUAUGUUCUUGUUCUCCUGUGUUUAUCUUAUUAAGAAUUACUGAAUAAUUUAAAUAUUAUAAAAAGGAUUUGCUGGCUUGCAGAGACUUUAAAGAAAAGUAACCAAUUGAUGCUAUCUGUAACUUUAAAAAGGAACAUGUGUACUGGCAUUCUUUGCUUAAUUUAGCAUAGUUAUAAAUCAUUAGUGUUUCUUUUUCUUUGCUCUUUCACAGUGCUUGAAUUAUGUUCUAACGUUGAUAUAAACCAUGAUUUCGUGGGAUGUCAAAGCUGCUUUUGUUAGUGUGCCAGUGGUAGGCAACAGAGUGCUUUUGGUAGAUCUGAGUAAUGGAAGAUUUCUCCGAUGGUGGCUCCUUCAUCAUCUGCCUAGUGUGUAUCAUCAUCUCUGCAGUCUCUGCUUUCUGAAAAAGUCCUUUGGAGCCCUGAGGGCUGUACUUAUGUGCAGAACCAGACAGAAAGUCCUGAAGCUGGGGCUACGAGUAGCUUGUUCCCUUCCCUCCACUCUUCAUGUCACCACACACUCUCGUUCUGGAUAUUAUGCUGCAUAGAGAACUUUAAAAAUGUUACGUUUCAAGGAGUUGCUUUGACUAGGAAUACAUCUAGUAAAUUUAGCAUAUUUGUUGAUGAUAUUUCAUUCCAACCCAAGACUGCCACAUUACAACCCUUUGUGUUCUGCAUGCUGUCCUCCCAGGGAAAAGGGUGGUUGGCACCUGUGGGUUUUCUUCAAAAAAAAGACAGUGCUGUGGCUUCUCUUCAGUUAGGAUCUUGGUGUAGUGUACAAAGCAGAAUGUGCUUUCUGCACGGCAUGCUUGGAACAGGUGUUACUGCAGUUUAGCUCUGGGAUUUGUGAUCUACUUUCCAUAAUGGUAUUGUAAAUGUGCAGAGAGGUGUCUGAGAGAGUCAGAUGAAGAUCCAAGUGAAGGAAUAUUAGUUAUGGUAGGUUAUAGUUCAUGCCGUGUGACUGCAUGUUUGGCUUGGUUUUGGUUUGUUUUUUUAAGUGUUGUACAAGUUACUGAUGAAAGGUCCAGCAGAAAUAACAAGUAACAACUAAAGAAAACACUGAAAAUACUGAAAGAGUUCGAUCUGUGUAUUUCAUGGACUAUUAAAUAACAGAAUAAAAUGCUGAUGUUGUGUGUGAGAGAAAAAUGUUGCACUAAAUAAAAUGCAGUUUUUUAUUGAGAUGUAAAAAAGUGUACAAGAAGGUGAGAAUUUUUGAACCACAGUUGUGGCUGCCAUACCUGAGUCUGAAAAGUCAAAUCCCAUGGUGCAGAGUGCCGCACCUGACACCAAGCAUGUUUUUAGUCCAUGUCUUCAGAAUUUUCCACAUAGUCUUCAAUGUCUGUGUUAGGCUAUCAUCAUGUUUUGCUGGAUUACACAAGUUACACCACUGCAGCCAAGCAAGCUGGUACCAGAGGCCUCCCUCUAGCACCUAAUUUAUUGCAGCAUUCCCAUAUUUAAGUCCACCUAUCUCUCUGGUAUUUUCUUCUUCUUCACGAUAGAUGUUUUCCUUCAGAUACUGGUCUGGAUAUUAACAUACACAAUAAUGGCAGUCAGUUCUGCUGCUGCUGCCUUCGCAGGGAGCAGCUUAUUGUGUUGUUGUGUGGUUUGUUCACAGUAAGUGCCAGCAAGCAGCUUCCCUCGUGCUGGCCACCUUCCUCUAACCUGCUGUCUGCCUGCUGGAGGGAAUAAAUCUCACCAGUCUCUUACAAUGGCUGAAGUGUACUUGUGGUGACUGAGUACUUCUGAUGGCCAGGACCCAGUAGGAGUAAGGACCGAAUUGCUGUAGGACACUGGGAAAAAAUAUGAGAUUUUUUUUUCUCAAAUGAACUGCAGAACAGUUCUAGUGAUGUCGGUAGGCACAGAUUGUUGCUUAAUUUGUAUUUUGUGUUCUUGCAUGUGUGUGAAAGAAGAAGUGGAGAAGGAAGAAAAAAUGAGCACAUUGAAACUCUUGCAGAAAUUUAGCAGUGAUUUUUCAUAUUCAAUUUAAUAGUAGCACUUCUGUAGAAUUAGGAAAUGACAAUUCCAUCCAUGACAGUUAACCCAAACAUCAGAAAACACUGGAAAAGUUCAAAUUAUGCCAUAUCUUUAAUAGUUCCAUGUACUAACCCAAUUCUCUGUGUCUUGACAAACCUUGCUAUUCUACAAGCAUGCUCCAUAACUCUUCUGGGUUAUGCUAGACUCAUUUCAGAAGGCAGCAGCCCCUUGGAAACAAUGUCCCUCUCUGUUAUUUUGAAUAAAACUACCUGUCAGGCCCAUGGACUUUUGCCAAUGCAUAUUUCCAGCUUGAGCACAUUUUGACAUGUUCUUGACCAUAAUGAACAGUUCCACUUAGUACCAUGUAGUAAAGUAUGUUUUGAGUUACAACGUCCUUGAGAUUUCCCACGUGUGUGCCCAACCAACAUAUGCAUACAGCUCCUUCCUUCCCUCCUUCUUGCUGUUUUCUUUCUUUGAUGCAUUCUCUGUGUUGUAUGCUUCUUUAUUUAUUUAUUUAUUUAUUUAGCUUCAAACUAAGUUGUAAUGGCAGCUGGAAACACAGAUAUCUGUCCAGUACUGUCUUUCUUGGUAGAGAACACUGAUGAAUAUUUAACUUUUCCUAGAAAUGUGAUGAGUGUACUGCAUUUCUACAUCAGCUUGAGCUGUUUGUGAAUAAAGAAGAAAAAGCCAUUCUCAAAUUGCUUGGAAGUGGAAAGCUGCCCUCAAAUCUGGUGUGGAUUAAAUUCUUAAGCUGGAAAUUACUGUUAUCUGAGAAGAUGGAAUCAUUAUCAUAUUUCCUAGAGACAUGACAAAAAAUACAAAUGUUUUCUUUGUAGACCAAUGAGUUUGUUCUUGAAACAGUCUAAAGAAAGCAAUUAUCUUUCAGCUUUCCUUUCUUGUAGGUUUGCUUCUUUGCUAAAACAAGUAAGCAGAGCACUGAGCAGUGUGCCCCAUACUGUACCCCAAGGGCCAUGAUGAGCAUCUUUCCUGCUCUGCCCUGUCUAACCCAGGCCAUGGGAGCAUGCUGAGCAAAUACCCAGCCCAAAUCUUGUGAUAAAGCUACACCAUCCCCUUUGGAAAGACAUUUGUGCAGCGAUUUAAAGGUUUCAGAUGAUAGCUCUUGAUUAUUUUUCAUCAUAGCUUUUCUAAUCCCAAUUUUUUUUAUUUUUACUUUACAUGUGGUAUUGGCAGAGAAUGAGCUUUCAGACUCAGUGACUCUGCACACAGACAUUUCCCUUUUAUUCUCUCCACCCUCAUUUCCAUUUCUGUCUGGGAUCCAAGGCAGAUGUGGGCAUGGCCCAUGACAGGUUGCGGGGAAAACAUGAGUCAAGCGACCACAGCCAACAGCUUCUUCCUGGGCUGAGCUGGAAUAGCAUGAGUCAGGCAGUGCACCUUCCAGAGGAGGGAAGAGACAUGUCUCAGACACUUCCAUGCCCCCAUGUGAUACCAGCUGUCCCCCCAGGCACUGUCCUCACAUGGACUUCUGUAUGUUUAUUACUGUUUAAUUCAUGCCUAUAACCAUAGUUUGUCAGAUUAUUUUUAGUGAAGUACAACCUGUCUUCCAGCGGGUUGGUGGGCAGCAGCAGAUUGGGUAUAGCAUUCUCUGCCACCUCUUAGUGGAAGGGUGGUAUAAAUAACAGAUCCAACACUUCAAAGAGUGAUUUGUUUUUAAGUUGGACUAUCUCAGAUUUAGGCAGAAAUCAAGGAAUAAAGCUGUAGGUCCUGCAUAUAAGAUAACACCUAAGCCUAAUAUCUAAGAGGGCAGUUUGGUGUUAUGAUGUCUGUUUUGCACUUGAAUGGAAUGCCAUUUAAACAUUAUAGGAUCACAGUAUCAACAACAACAUACGUAUCUGCUGAAACUUUGCCUCUCAUAGGGGACAUAAAAUCUCAUGGAUACUGGAAAUUGCAGUGCCAUGCUGGUGGUGAUUUUGAACUUGUUUAAAAAAACAUCGUUGAUAUAUCAUGCUUUUAGAUACUGAGAUUCAGUGUCCCAGAAUCAAUUUUGUAGCAAAUUAAAGAGUAACAUUUUGUGUUCUGCGUGUGAGUUUAUGUCAAACGGCAGUUCUAUUGCAGAAACACAUUAUUACAUUAAGGGAGUGCUUUGCUCAGGGGAAAAUACCAUUAAGUCACAGAUGUUAAGAUCUGAAUGCUUCCAAAUAAUUCAGACUUUAAAACCAUAUGCAUGGAAAUAGGCCCAUGGGAGCAAGGACACUGAACAGAAUGCCAGGCCACAGCACCAGGCAGCAGAGAGCCACAGCAGGAGGCCUGGACUGCCCUGCAGUAGGUAAGGGUCCCCAGCCUCAAGCAGUGUGGCAUCUCUGGGUGCUUCCUAAUACUCCUCAACGUCCUUGUGGAAAGAGUUGUCUUGAAAAGCCUCUACAGAAAACAACAAGGAUUCACAGAAUCAUGGAAUAAUCAAAGCCUACGUCUGAGAGCAUUGUAAAAUGCUCCUUGAACUCUGGCAGCCUAGGGCCAUACCCACUCCCCUCUGAUGAAGAACCUACUACUGAUACCCAGAGUGGACUGUGAUGACAGGGUGCAUUAGGGGUGCCAAACUACAGUGAUAGUGAGCACUGCACCGUGGGGGAAAGAAGACAUGGGGACAUGGGUAGCAGAGAAAGAAGCAGGAAAGUUGAACGGAGAACAGAUUCUUCUGAAGUGAAGCCCAAUGUGAAGGAGGGAAGAGGUAUCUUCUACAGAACAACUGAUUAUCUACCAGAAAAAAGAAGGAACAAAUAGCUGCUCAGUAAUACUACUAGUUUAUACCAAGAUGCCUUGGUUUCCUCCCACUUAUUUAAACUUUUAAACACAAUUGCUAAAAUCUUCUGUAAUAGAACUGACUUAAUGCUCAAUAGCAAGACCUCCAUCAGCUGUGAAAACAUAAAUUUGCUGGCUGCAGUGAUCUGCAUUACAUAUUAUCAUGGAUGGCAUAGCUCUACAGAAUAUUUUUUUUGUAGUACCCUUUUUCAUACAUCCCAACAUCCUGUUAUUCUUUGUCUUAACUGAGUAGUGGUUUCCAGCCUCCUGAAGCCCUUUAUCCUUUUGUGUAGCAAAACCGUUUGCUGUCUCUUUGCAAAUCAUACAUUGUCUUCAGCUGCACACAUGUAUUUGUGGACAGAAAAACUCUACUUUAAAAUCUCUCCUAUUAGCAAAGAGUGUUUCUGUCUGCCCAUUGCCCAGCUGUAACUGUGGUGCCACCAGGGCUGAGCUGUCCCACCACAGCUCAUCUGCCACCUGACAUCAUUGCUGGCAGAUAUCCACACUGGAUCCUCAUGCCCCAGGCUCAACAUUCUCACUCAGGUGGCACUUCUGGUGAGAGCUGUCUCCAGGCCAAAUCUGCUUCCUCCCAUUAUGUGAGAGGAAUGUGCAAACUGGUACACUUAAUUCCCCCUCAAAGGAGAAAGCACAGAGCUACAGCAGCUGCAAGCACAUCCCAGCAAAGCUGAAGACAAAACAAAGCAGAGGAACUGCUGUCAGCAAAUUGGUAUGUUUUAAGUCGUGUUUGUAACAGAAAGCAUAUGAUCAGGAAUGUGCUUUGUCUGGGGGCACAAGCUACCUCAGUCUCAUUAUAGGCUGUGUUCCUCUCAGCGAGCCACUCUCAGAAAAACAGAUGGUGCUCCUUGCCUAAACAGGCAGAGUUUUAGCUUCAGAGAUUCAUUUUUUACAGUUUAAUGCUAGAAUCAGUUAGAUCCUAACCAUCUGCUGCCCUGGUGCAAUACAUGGGACACAGUCCAGCUUUCUGCAUGGGGACCUCUAGUGGAAACCAGGGCAAAGCCAUCAGCUAAACUGGGAGUGGCAGGGGUGGGGGGGGGGGGGGGGGGAGUGCUUUAUUUGAUUCAGACUGGAUUGGCUACGAAACAGAACAAGAUGAAAUGCAAGCAAAUAGGGCAAGAAAACAACUUCAUGACUGCCAGUGCUGUUUACAGCCACAUACAGUAGUGUGCAAUGAAUGCCCUUAAAGAUUCAGCAUUCACCUCAAAAGAGAUUAAACGAAGCCACAUUUCUGCCACAUUCCCCAUGUGCCAAACUCUACUAACAAAAAGUGUUAAAAGAGCAAAAUGGUAAUGUCACUGGAUUUUAGGAUGCUUAUAUUCAGGCCUGGAUAGAUUUACAGCCUGGUAAGAUAUCACUUCAAGUGAUGAUUUUAAUAAGUUACAAUAUACUUCUUCGGGGGUUUUUUUUGUUUGUUUGUUUUUGUUUUGUUUUUGUUUUUUUCCUUUUUCCUUACUUUCAUUUACCACAAAAUGAAUCCAUACCCACAACACUCUCCUCUAUGGAAAUUAAUACAGGUACACCCAACACUGGGAGAAUUCUGAGAAAAAUAAACAGUUCAAAGGUUUCUGCAUUUAGUUUUUUUUUCCUGCUAGGAAAAAACCAGACCCUAUUAGAACUUACACAAAUAAAUGGUCUAUUUCACUCCCACAGCUCCUCCCUCACUCUGUUCAGCGGUGCUUGGGUUAGCAACAAGGGACCACACAGCCCUAGCUGCGGGGUGAGAGCUGUUCCCUCGGCCAUUUUUUAGGUUACAUGUUGUUAGGCUUUUUAUUUGCUGUUGCAUUUUCACAAUGAAGGACAAAGUUGUGCGAGGGCCACCAAUGUUCAAAGGCAUGCUACUGUUAAUACUGCAACAGCUGUAGGAAGCUGUCCUUAGCAAGCAACUGAAAGAAAAAAAACAACUGAAAGCAACUGAAAGGAAAAAAAAAAAAAAAAAAGGCAAGAAAAGUAACUGUUUUUAAAGAUAUUUGGUGAUACUUGUGAAGUAUGUAACAUCUCAUGUGCCAGGCAGCUUUCACAGUACUGGCUAAGACCAAGACUUAACAUUUAAGUUAGGUGUCCUGUUUAAGAGCCUCAUUCAGCUUUGGCUUCUUUCCUUGAUGCAGUAAUGAAAUAAAAAGUAUGGUUUGGCUUUUUUGUUUGUUUGUUUGUUUGUUUUUUGCUGGCCUUUGCAGAAAAACCUUGUGAAACAAGGCAUAACUCUUUCAUAAGUAGUUGGGAGCCCGCAGUAAAUACAUUUAUAAGUGUAACUGCAUUACAAGUCAUUGCAAUAUAUCAGCAUGUGCUUGGUAAAUUUCCCAACUCCUUCUACAUUUAGAAGUUGCUGACUGAUCUGACUGAUCUGUAAUUCAGGUGACGACACUGUAGAGGAGAGGUCAGGAAGUAGGGCGAAGUGAAGAGGAAUGGGAUUUCUUGGGCUCAUGUCACCACUGCAGUAGGCUUUUAAGAAACUGCACGUGCUGGACUUCUCCAGUGUAAUUCUUCUUCUUAACAUCUAUUAACAACUUUCAACUUCUUCUGUCUUACAGUGGAAUUGCAAAUUUUUUAUUCAUUUAUUUAUUUAUUUUCCCCCAUAGAUUUAUAAAUUGAUUUUGAAUGGCUGUUCAAUGGAACAACUACACAUAUGUGAAAAACAUAUUUAUUGUUACAAGUACUGGAUUUAAAACAAUAGUGUACAAAGUAAGCAUGUUCACAAGCAUCUGUUUAUUAAAGUCUUAUUUUUUGAAAGAAAUAAUUGCACUGCAAUCAGUAGAGAUGCCAAUCCUAUAAAUGAAGAACUACACUUAAUAGUUUGCUAUGAAGGAAAAAAAAAAAAAAAAAAAA